CACGGACGUGCGACACGAUGACGGCGAUUCUGGUGUCCGUGGCGGAGCUGUCCAACAUAUUCUCGGUGCUCGCCGUGCUGAUAUGCUUCUGCGGGGUCUUCCUCUUUAUCAUGAGGAACAUGAUGGUGCUGCGCGUCCACGGCGACGACCUGAUGUUCGGCGGCGGUGGCGGCGGCGUGAUAACACAUUCGCCGCGUAUACCGCAAAUGGAGAUGAUGAAGGUCCACAUUCCCUUCACCUUCAAGCUCCACGAGAGCUUCAAGAGCACGUACGCCGAAGUGGAAUGCGAGGUAUCCAGCCAAGUGGAGUAUUCGCUCCAGGCGAUCUGGGGUGUCAGCAUCAGGGAAUUGCACCUUGCGCUCUGGAAGCCCUGGAGCACGCUGCGAGACGCGUCUCUGAACGGGACUCUUUUACAAGGACACGCGCAAUAUCUCACGCCGCCGCAAACGUAUCCUUCGAGAGCUAUUUCGAGAGUUGAUUUUUAUCGCAGAACAUCCGAUCCACACGCCGAAAUAACACGAAAUUUUAGUAAUCUAGCAUUUUUUAAUCUAGCAGUCCAAUUAGGUCAUGUGUGAUCUGCGGAAUAUCUGGUUGGCUAUUUUGUCUUCCGCAUAAUGAAACUUUAAUGACAAAAUUAUGUAAUUGUGCGUUGUCUGUGUUAAAUCACUUAGGCCGGGGACACGACGGCGAAUCGACCAAUCAUCGUUAUUUUAGUCGAGCGUUCUCCUUGUCCUAAUUUUGGGGGAAUGCUCGACGUGAUUGGUUCACUCGCUUGCUAUUGUAUAUUUUUUA